AUGACAACCAUUGAGCCUUUCGAAGCAACAGAUUUGCUGCAGUUGAACAAUGUUAAUCUAGACUUUUUGACAGAAAACUUUCCUCUGGAAUUUUACCUGGAGUAUCUGAUACUAUGGCCUGAGCUCUUCUUUGAGAGUCAAGAGCUAACCAAGAAAAGAGACAAUGGCCAGCACGAGAUAUCGGGCUACAUGAUGGGCAAGACCGAGGGUAAAGGUAAUGAUUGGCAUUCGCAUAUCACCGCAGUCACCAUUGCGCCCGAUUUUCGUCGUAUUUCCCUCGCAUCGGGUCUCUGUAAUACCCUGGAAACAAUCACUGAUAAUCAACCGCACAAUGUGAACUUCAUUGAUCUGUUUGUCAAGUGCAACAACAGUCUAGCCAUUAAACUAUACGAGAAGCUGGGGUACUCGGUGUUUAGGAGAGUGGUCGGGUACUACAACUCCUCGGACGAUAAGUACCCAACAGCAUUGGGAAAAGUUCAUGACGAUAAAGACGCUUUCGACAUGCGCAAAGGGAUGAAACGGGACAAUGGACGCAGCACAAGGAGUGACGGCAGGAAGAACCGUUGCUAUCCUCACGAUGUUAGGUUUUGA